GGCGAUCAUAAGUUGCAGCGAGCCGAACGUCAUAAUACUAUAAUGAGAAAACAAGGCACAUUGUGUGAAGUAAUAACCGUAUAUUAAAGUUACAAUUCCGCCAAAUGCUUUCUUAGCAAUGACACUGCCAAUAAACCAUUUUAAGCGGCAUCGCAGAUUCCGUUGAGAUAUCUUUUAAGAACCGACAAGGAACACAAUAAUGAAUUCCUUUAUAGAACUAGUUACAGAAUGUUCUUAACACUGACAGAAGAACGAAGAAACAAUUUAUAAAUUCUUCGUCGGAUGGAGUUUCCCAGCGUAAGAAAAUACAUUAAUAAAGUCCUUAUGGCCUAAUGCACUAUAGAUCGAAAGAAUCCAAAUCAUAAAUUUUUAAUAUUUUGUAUUAAAAACCAAAAGAAAAUGAGCCGAAUAGAGAGCAGUCCAGAUAAUGGAAGUGGUUGGCAUGAAUGUGUUAAAUGGUUAACAAGAUGCGGAGCUUUGAGAGCAGAUCAUAAAGCAAAUUGGCCAGAGGCUACUGCUGUUGAUUUAGCAUAUACCCUAAGAGAUGGUGUAUUGAUAUGUAAUCUUUUAAAUACAGUGGAUCCCGGUUGUAUAGACAUGAAAGAUGUAAAUCAAAAACCGCAAAUGGCACAAUUUUUGUGCUUAAGAAAUAUAAAAGUAUUUCUAUCUGCAUGUUCAACUACAUUUGGCUUAUCUGAUUCUGAACUUUUUGAACCUUCUAUGUUAUUUGAUCUAUCAGAUUUCCUUCGUGUAUUACGUACCUUAUCAGCUUUAUCAAACUGUCCUCGUUUGAGACGUAAGGGUAUACCAGGCUUUUCUAUAGGUCAUGGUAGAUCGCAAGAAGAUAUUUAUAAGGAUUUACAAAGUGCUGGUGCAGGCCGUGAAGACGAAGGUCGUCGCAGAAGAUUUAGAAGGCGAGAAGGCGACGAGACAGGUGGAGGAGGCGACAAUGAAGAUCCAGUUGGGGAGGAAGAUGGAUAUGGAGCAUACUGCAGCCAUGCUCAAAGUGAAGAAAUCUACCAGGACCUUUGUAGUCUACACUUGCCACCUCCUCCAUCUGUUGUACAGGAUGGUGCAAUCUCUGGAGGUGAAAAAAGGGACUAUGUAAUUCAAGAACUUGUUGAAACGGAACGAAAUUAUUCGGAUGUCCUUAACAGUUUACUUAAACAUUUCGCUAGACCUCUUUCCUCAUUACUACGACCUGAAGAUUCUGCACGUAUUUUUUUUGGCAUAAAGGAACUAGCAGAAAUUCAUGCCGGCUUUCAUAGUCAACUUCGGAAAGCAAGGACUGGCGCUGCGUUAGCGCAGGUUUUUCUCGAUUGGCGAGAAAAAUUCCUUAUUUACGGCGAUUACUGCGCAAACCUUACUCUUGCCCAAAACACGUUGCAAGAAGCAUGUGCGCGUUAUGAAUUAGUUAAUCAAGAAGUUAUUAGAUGUCAACAAGAAGCAAAUAAUGGCAAAUUCAAAUUGCGAGAUAUUUUAUCUGUCCCGAUGCAAAGAGUAUUGAAGUAUCACCUAUUACUCGAUAAACUAGUAGAAGAAACUCCUUGCGACUGGCUGGAAGAUAGGCGUCAGCUUGGGAAAGCUAGGGAAGUUAUGGUUGAUAUAGCACAAUAUAUUAAUGAAGUAAAACGUGACUCAGAUACAUUGGACAUUAUAAGAGAUAUUCAGGCAUCGAUAAUCGAUUGGGAUGUUCCAGAAGAUGCACAAUUAAAGGAUUUUGGACGAUUACUUAGGGACGGAGAGCUUAAGGUAAAAGCUCACGGUGACCAACGGGUAAAAGCUCGUUACGCAUUUAUUUUCGAACAAGUAGUGUUGAUUUGUAAAGCAGGUAGAGGAGAGCAAUAUUGCUAUCGUGAAACCUUACGUCUCGAUGAUUAUCGAUUAGAAGAUCAUACAGGAAGACGAACCCUUGGCAGAGAUUCUCGAUGGUCCUAUCAAUGGUUGUUGGUCCAUAAACAAGAAUAUACUGCAUACACUUUGUAUGCAAGAACGGAAGAACAAAAGCAAAUGUGGAUCAAGGCAUUGCAAGAUGCAAUGGAUAAUGUUAAUCCUGCUGCGUGUCGCAAUACGAAUCAUAAAUUUAAACUUACAACAUUUGACACUCCACGUAGUUGCCAGCGAUGUGGCAAAUUUCUAAAGGGUCGAAUUUUUCAGGGCUAUCGAUGUGAAGUCUGCCGCUACGCUGUACACAAACAAUGUAUUGCACAUUCGGGUCGGUGUAUGCCAGUGCCUCCCCCACCUCCGCCUCCACCACCUCUACCAUGUGAACGCGCUCUCUCGGUGAAAUUAUGGUUUGUAGGAGAAAUGGGACGUGACACAGCAUCAAAUAAAUUAGAACCUCGUGAAGAUGGUACCUAUAUGCUGCGAGUACGGCCUGCUGGACAACCACGUUUGAAACACGAAACCAAUUACGCUCUUAGUAUCAAGGCAGACGGAGCGGUAAAACAUAUAAGGGUAUUUAAACGUGAUGUUGAUGGUGCUGAUGUAUAUUAUCUCAGUGAAUCUCGUUUCUUCAAAAGUGUAGUUGAACUUGUUGAAUAUUAUGAGCGAGCAUCGUUAUCAGAAAAUUUUGAAAAAUUAGAUCAACGCUUGUUAUGGCCGUAUAGACGUGUCUUGGCUAAAGCAUUAUUUGAUUUCCGCGGAGGAGAACGGAAUCAGCUGAGCCUACGGCGGGGUUGCAGAGUUGUAGUAUUGAGCAAGGAAGGUGAUGCUAAAGGUUGGUGGAAGGGAAAGAUUGGAGAUCAGGUAGGCUUUUUUCCAAAGGAAUAUGUUGAAGAAGAAUAGCCAUAAAUUAUACUACUUAGAUAUUCCCUUCAUAUGAUAGCACGACGAUAAAAAAUGUUUUACAUCGUGCGAUCAUAAUAUUUUAUUAAAACAUGCCUCAAUGGAGAACAAAAAGAAAAAAUAAACUGAUAUAACGCAUUUUUACAUUAUAUAAAACAUAGAAAAAUUUAUCCUCACACAUUAGUAUCAUUAUAAAAAUACAAUUUAUUUUGUUCUCUUUACUUGAGGUUGUGCUGUAUCACAAUCAUAUAAAUAGAAAGUACAUGUUCGUAAACGGCAACCGAGCGCAUAAAAAGAAAUAUAUAUUUAGCUACUUGUAUAGAUCAAAAGAAUUAUAAUUAUUUUUCGGUAUAAUAUGACAGUACGAAUAAAGUUUCAAGAAGUCAUAAAGAUUAAAGUUGUCUAUCUAUUCUUGUAUAUUAGAAUCAUACAAAAGAAGAACACUUCGCCAAAUGUUUAUACUUCUGGACAGCUUUCUCCUUUAUGACUAUAUUUUAAAGUCAAUUGUCAAGACUCAAUUGUAUAUACUGUAAUUCUGUACUGUUAAUGAUAAAAAUUUUAGCUAUUUCUUAAAUAUAAGCAUACAUAUACAUAAAUAUAUAAAUAAUCGCAACGUGAUUAUUGUAACAAAUUAA